AUGGAAAAGAUUCGUGCACGCUUAAAUAUCGGAAGCAAAGCAGAGCCUGUUAAACUGAGGAAACGAAAAUCCCAACUAUAUAGUAAAGAAGAUACAUGUCCUCUUGAUAAUGGUAUAUGUCCUGUUUGGUAUAGCAGCUAUCAUACAGUGGGGGAAAAAAGUAUUUAGUCAGCCACCAAUUGUGCAAGUUCUCCCACUUAAAAAGAUGAGAGAGGCCUGUAAUUUUCAUCAUAGGUACACGUAAACUAUGACAGACAAAAUGAGAUUUUGUUUCUCCAGAAAAUCACAUUUUAGGAUUUUUAAUGAAUUUAUUUGCAAAUUAUGGUGGAAAAUAAGUAUUUGGUCAAUAACAAAAGUUUCUCAAUACUUUGUUAUAUACCCUUUGUUGGCAAUGACACAGGUCAAACGUUUUCUGUAAGUCUUCACACACUGUUGCUGGUAUUUUGGCCCAUACCUCCAUGCAGAUCUCCUCUAGAGCAGUGAUGUUUUGGGGCUGUCGCUGGGCAACACAGACUUUCAACUCCCUCCAAAGACUUUCUAUGGGGUUGAGAUCUGGAGACUGGCUAGGCCACUCCAGGACCUUGAAAUGCUUCUUACGAAGCCACUCCUUCGUUGCCCGGGCGGUGUGUUUGGGAUCAUUGUCAUGCUGAAAGACCCAGCCACGUUUCAUCUUCAAUGCCCUUGCUGAUGGAAGGAGGUUUUCACUCAAAAUCUCACGAUACAUGGCCCCAUUCAUUCUUUCCUUUACACGGAUCAGUCGUCCUGGUCCCUUUGCAGAAAAACAGCCCCAAAGCAUGAUGUUUCCACCCCCAUGCUUCACAGUAGGUAUGGUGUUCUUUGGAUGCAACUCAGCAUUCUUUGUCCUCCAAACACGACGAGUUGAGUUUUUACCAAAAAGUUCUAUUUUGGUUUCAUCUGACCAUAUGACAUUCUCCCAAUCCUCUUCUGGAUCAUCCAAAUGCACUCUAGCAAACUUCAGACGGGCCUGGACAUGUACUGGCUUAAGCAGGGGGACACGUCUGGCACUGCAGGAUUUGAGUCCCUGGCAGCGUAGUGUGUUACUGAUGGUAGGCUUUGUUACUUUGGUCCCAGCUCUCUGCAGGUCAUUCACUAGGUCCCCCCGUGUGGUUCUGGGAUUUUUGCUCACCGUUCUUGUGAUCAUUUUGACCCCACGGGGUGAGAUCUUGCGUGGAGCCCCAGAUCGAGGGAGAUUAUCAGUGGUCUUGUAUGUCUUCCAUUUCCUAAUAAUUGCUCCCACAGUUGAUUUCUUCAAACCAAGCUGCUUACCUAUUGCAGAUUCAGUCUUCCCAGCCUGGUGCAGGUCUACAAUUUUGUUUCUGGUGUCCUUUGACAGCUCUUUGGUCUUGGCCAUAGUGGAGUUUGGAGUGUGACUGUUUGAGGUUGUGGACAGGUGUCUUUUAUACUGAUAACAAGUUCAAACAGGUGCCAUUAAUACAGGUAACGAGUAGAGGACAGAGGAGCCACUUAAAGAUGAAGUUACAGGUCUGUGAGAGCCAGAAAUCUUGCUUGUUUGUAGGUGACCAAAUACUUAUUUUCCACCAUAAUUUGCAACUAAAUUCAUAAAAAAAUCCUACAAUGUGAUUUUCUGGAGAAAAAAAAUCUCAAUUUGUCUGUCAUAGUUGACGUGUACCUAUGAUGAAAAUUACAGGCCUCUCUCAUCUUUUUAAGUGGGAGAAUUUGCACAAUUGGUGGCUGACUAAAUACUUUUUUCCCCCACUGUAUUUCUAGCAGACUGAGCAAAUGUCAAACUGAUGUUGAUGAUAAAAGUAAGAAUGGAAGCGAAGUUUACAUUGCUUAUUUUGAAAGACAAACGCUAGCUUAGCUAGCUACAUCAACUUAAAUUGAAGUAGGCAACAGGUGAUCCAGGAGCAUGCAAUUGUACUUGCAGUUUCAGAAUGCUUCAGUCUUUCAAAUGACUGGUUGAUAAUGCAUUUAAUUACCAAUGCACAUCUAACACAGGCAGCCUAACUGGUGGAGAGAUAUCUGACAUGUUUUUAUUUUCUUCUUCUCCUUAGGUGUAUUGGGGGUCAGUGUCUUCACUGUGGCAUUUCGUCUCAUUAACUGCUUCCUGGUCCAGACCAGCUUUGUCCCAGAUGAAUACUGGCAGUCCCUCGAAGUCGCUCACCUUAUGGUUUUUGAAUAUCCUUGUAACAAAAAUCAUUUGAAACUUUAAGUAGUAACCUUCUAAUAACUGUCUUGUGGACAAUAGUAUGUGUAUUCUGCUAAAUCCUUAAUAACUUCACCUAUGGCUAUUUGACGUGGGAGUGGACAGCAGGUAUAAGAGGGUUCUCCUACCCUCUUUUCUUUGGAGCUAUAUAUAAGAUAUUGCACUUCUUCACCUAUGAUGCAGUUCAACUCUUGGUAAGUCAUAUUUGUACAUCAUCUUUUGCAGCAACUUAUAGUGCUGAUGCAAAAUGCAUUGGAUGUGACCCCAUUGUCAAAAUCUGUACGGUAUAUAUUGUGGAUUCUGCAGGUAUGGCUACCUCGAGUUGUGCAGGCACUGCUUGCUGCAUUGGCUGAUAUUAAACUCUACUGUCUUAUCCAAUCACUGGAGCAUUCUGACGUUGCCAAAUGGACGGUAAAAACAACAUGCACUUCUUUGUGUCUCAUAUCCUUUUGACUUAUUGUAAUUCUGGGUUUGUGGGCUGAAACCUUGUUACAAAGCCUCUUUCUCUUUUUUGUUGUUGUUGUUGUCACUAGUACCUCUGCCAGCUCAGUUCUUGGUUCACAUGGUACUGCUGCACCAGGACCCUGACCAACACCAUGGAGACCACACUCACAACUCUGGCUCUCUAUUACUAUCCUCUGCCUGGCUCUAAAACACACAACAGGUAGGACCUACACAACUCCAACAUAAAACCAUUUCACAUAGUGUGCAUCUGUAAGUAUUUCCCACUACACGGCAAGUUACAAAAUGCCUUUACAAAAAGUAUUCCUUUUAGUAACACUCCGUUAACAACAUUCUGUUUAAAACUGAUUUUGCUUGUUUUCUUUCGCAGUACAAAAUAUUUGAUCCUGGUUGCCUUGGCAGUCAUUGUUCGUCCGACAGCCUUGAUUGUGUGGCUUCCUCUGUUGGUGUACCACUUCUGGCAGGAAGAUAACAAGCUGAAACUCAUAACUCACCAUUGCCUUCCCAUUGGGUGAGUGCUAUGAUUUGAUAAAGACCAUUGUGCCUUAGCUGCAGAGUGAGGUUUUCACGACAUACAUAAUGUAUUCUUCAAUUAUUGGAUGAGCCUCUCCUUCAUAUAGGGCUUUAACUCUUGGGAUUUCAACUCUGAUUGACUGCAUGUUCUAUGGAAAGGUAGGAAAAGCAUUGUUUAAAAAUAAAAUUUUAAAAUAGGUAAUUAUAAAUCAGAAGAUGUAAUGUCUGUGUUAAUUAACACAAGUGCCUUAAACCAUUUUCUCUCGCAGUGGACCCUGGUGCAGUACAACUUCCUGAUGUUUAAUGUUUUUCACAACGUGGCUGAGUUCUAUGGCUCUCAUCCAUGGCACUGGUACUUUACUCAGGGCUUUGUGGUCGUCAUUGGCCCUCAUCUUCCUUUCUUCCUAUAUGGAUGCACACUGGCUUCAAAAAGAUACAGAAUCAUGUUAAUAACAGUAGUCUGGACAUUAAUGGUUUACAGGUAUGGUCUUUUUCUUUUGUCUUUCUAUGUUGUGUGACAUGUAAAAUGCACUUACUGUAAUUUAUGGGCCAAAAACAUCUGUACAUUAGACUGUUCAUAUCAUAAGGAAUUUCAGAAUUUGCAUGUUUUUCUUCUCCAUGCAGUUGUCUUGCGCACAAGGAGUUCAGAUUCAUCUACCCUGUUUUGCCUUUCUGCAUGGUAUUUUGUGGUGAGUGCUACAAUUUCCAGAAAGAUUCCAAUGACUGCAAGUAACCAAACUGCUAACGUACAGUCAUACCCUAUGCACGACAUGGGGUCCUCGUUUAUUGCAGGGAUAGCUUUGGUGAAUCUGAGAACCUGGAGACGGCCUGCCGCAUGUGCCUUAUUGGUCUCCAACCUAGUCCCAGCCCUGUACACAGGUCUGCUUCACCAGCGAGGCACACUGGAUGUCAUGGGUCACCUCCAGACCCUGUGUGACGACAGCGAUCCCUCAACCCCUCCACUGCCUGAAGUCCUCUUUCUAAUGCCCUGUCACUCUACACCUUUCUACAGGUAGGCAGUCCAUUUUUUUCAUGUUGUUUUUGCCUUAUUUACUGAUGGACCUUUUGCAUGAGUAAGUGCUGUGACAAGCUUAGCUACAGAGGCAGUGCAGUAAAUAAUCAAUAUACAUUGUUUUUGUAGUCACAUCCACUGUCCAAUGAAGAUGCGUUUCCUAGAAUGUCCACCAGAUCUCACAGGAGACAAGAGCUAUGUAGAUGAAGCUGAGAGAUUCUUUGCUGAUCCUCAUCAUUGGUUGAGGACCUCAUUCCCUUAUAAGUCAAUGCUGCCAACCCACCUCGUGUUCUUUGAUGUUCUGGAGAAGGUUAGAUACUCUGCAUUUUGUAAUUCAAGACUAAUAAUGACUAAUGGAAAGCUCCUUCACUGUUACAAUAAUUUGUAUUAUUUGCUUUUUCUGUCCUCAGGAGAUCUCUGCAUUCUUGGACGGGAGUAGAUUUAUGAGAAGUACAGAAAUAUUCCACACUCAUGUUCCUGAAGGACGAGUUGGAAAAAGCAUCCUAGUUUAUCAAAGGCACUGA